UCUUUUGUUACUUCAUUAUUAGAGCGUUCACUGUUAUUUUAUCCACCCAAUAAGUGAUUGUUAUCAACAAACAAAAACAGCUGAUCGUAACCGACCGGAAAAUAAAAAGACUUGUAAAUAAUGUUAUUAGGCAAAUAAAUGUAAUUAAGUUGAGAUUAUAAAUAAAAAAUGUACUGUUAUUUAUUAAUAUUGAUUUCUGCUUGUAUUCUUUUAAUUGAAAUUAAUGCAUUAAAUAUAAAAAAUCCAACCACUGACUUACAAAGCUAUGUGUUCGAAACUACUCCACAAUUCGAUGAAAAAACUUGCCCCAAAACAAUAGCUGAGCUAAAGAAUACAAUUUAUAUACUUUACGAUGUUAAUCCACCAGAAGGAUUUAAUUUAAGACGUGAUGUUUACAUAAGACUGGCUGUAUUUGUUCAAAAACUACAGAAGAAAAAAUUAUUCAAUAAUGUGCGUUUGGUACUACCACCGUGGCGACGACUGUUUCACUGGAAAUCAAAUCAUUUAAGCCAAGACAAUUUAUUAUGGAAACAAUUUUUCAACAUUGAAAGCAUGCGACGUUAUGCACCGAUUUUAGAUUUUGAUGAAUUUCUGCAUGAAAUUUCACUAUUUGGUCUACCAGAAAGUCCAUAUGUGCCGGUACAUAAAAUAUUUCAAUUGAUGCACUUUGAGGAUAUGUUCGAAGAUGGUGCAUUUCAUGAUAAAUACGAGUUUACUGAAUGCCGUAAAGAGCAAUACCAACGCAGUUACUUAUUACAACAAUCUAUAUUAUUGGAUAAUGAUUUUCUAUGCUUAAAGUUCCAAGGCAGUUCAAGUAUGUUGGAACGAGUCUUACGACAAAGUAUGGCUAGUAAUGAUACCACUAAUAAUGAACCAAAAGUUUAUGCAUUUCUAAAUGCAGAAAUAGUGCUACAUGACUCGUGGGGAGAUGUUGAGUUUUGGAAAGCGAGAAGAUCUAUGCGAUUUGCACCUCAGUUACUUGAAAUUGCUGAUAAAUUUCGUAUGAAACACUUUCGCACCAACAAUUCUAUUGAAGAAGUACAACGGCCGCCGAUGUGGGAAUUCGAGAAAGAAUAUCGCUCAGCUUUGGGUGGCAGAUAUUUAUGUGCGCAUUUGCGUCGUGGUGAUUUUGUAUUUGGGCGAGAAAAAACAACACCCACUCUAAAAUCGGUGGCAGUACAAAUUAGAGAUAAACUAAAAUAUCUUAAUUUGACAACUGUUUUCUUAGCAACUGAUGCCACAGCAUUCGAAAUGCAAAAUCUCAAGUCCUAUUUACAACGUGUACGUCCUGUACGGUACAGUACAGAUUCUUUAGAACAAAAAUCAAUGCUCAAAGAUGGUGGCAUAGCAAUAAUCGAUCAAAUAAUAUGUAGCCAUGCUGCUUAUUUUAUUGGUACAUAUGAAAGUACAUUUACUUAUCGUAUAUAUGAGGAGCGGGAAAUAAUGGGUUUUCCCAAAAUGAAUACUUUUAAUACUUUUUGCAAAAGUGAGGAUCUAAGUGAUUGUUCAAAAAAUUCUGUAUGGCCAAUAGUUUACUAAAAAAAUUCAUAACUCAAAAUUAUUAAAAUCAUGAAAAGGUUUUUCUUUACUGCUGCAACAAUUAUGGCUUUAAAUCACCGCAUUUCAUCGUGAUAAUAAUGUUUCACUAUAAGGCAAACAUAAAAUUAGAAAUGUUAAGUUUAGGAAA